UGUAUCCCGGGGAUUAACGGGACAUCCAGCCCGCUAAAGUAGCCAGCUAGCUAGUGGUACUGCAGCAAACCUGAGCCAGUUUCAGGCUAACUUCUGACGACAUGUAUCUCAGCACGUCAGUAAAUAUCUGUAGCAUGCUGUGACAGUACUGUUGGUGUGAGAUACCCCCACCCGACACUGACUGCUGUCCGGAGGAAACGUCACACCAAACCGCACUUAAAUAUCUCACAAUUUAACAUUAUUUGGACCAAAUGGUGAAGGCACAAGUGGCAUAAAAGUUGAUUACGUAUCUUUUCUGAAAUAAAACAGAAAAACUAACAAUUCAGCUUAUGCUUCAAGCAUAAAAAUGAGUGCUUGCGUUUCUAUAUUUAUCUUCCAAAUCUCAGCACUGUUUAACACAAAAAUCUACUGUGGACUUAUUUGGUGGGAGAAUCCUGGGGAAACAGCUGUGAAAAGAUAUUCAGGCAAUGUGAUUGUAUGCCGAAUAGAGACUUUCAUCUUUUAGAUAUAGGAAAAGGUCAGAGUCGAUCUUUAUAUGGUACUUGGAGCUUCUUUGGUCCAAAUAAACGUUAAAUUGGCAGAAUAGUCAAUGAAAAUGGGCGCGCGGAUGCACGUUGCCGCCCACGUAAGGGAACGUAAGGGAACGUAAGGGGUUGCGGUGCAGUCAGUUGAAAACAUAAUGUGUCAGCGCUCACCACCAGGCAUCAUCAUCCUCAUCCUCAUCCUCAUCUGCUGAAGAAGGAAACAUUGAGUACAAGCUGAAGCUGGUUAAUCCCACGCAGUAUCGCUUCGAGCAUCUGGCCACGCAGCUGAAGUGGCGUCUGCAGGAGGGCCGCGGCGAGGCCGUCUACCAGAUCGGAGUGGAGGACAACGGCCUGCUGGUGGGCCUGACCGAGGCCGACAUGAAGGCCUCGCUCAAGACCUUAAAGAGGAUGGCAGAGAAGGUCGGCGCUGACAUCACUCUCCUCCGAGAGAGGGAGGUGGACUACGACUCGGACAGAAGCACCCGCAAAAUCGCAGAAGUCCUGGUUCGAAAGGUUCCUGAUGAUCAGCAGUUCCUGGACCUGCGGGUGGCGGUUCUAGGGAACGUGGACUCGGGGAAGUCGACCUUGCUGGGCGUCCUGACGCAGGGCGAGCUGGACAACGGCCGAGGCCGAGCGCGGCUCAACCUCUUCAGACAUCUGCACGAGAUCCAGACGGGUCGCACGUCCAGCAUCAGCUUCGAGAUCCUGGGCUUCAACAGCAAAGGGGAGGUGGUGAACUACAGCGAGUCUCGCACAGCCGAGGAGAUCUGUGAGAGCUCCUCCAAGAUGAUCACCUUCAUCGACCUGGCCGGACACCACAAGUACCUGAAGACCACCAUCUUCGGCCUCACCAGCUACUGCCCCGACUUCGCCAUGCUGGUGGUGAGCGCCAACACGGGCAUCGCUGGCACGACGCGGGAACACCUGGGCCUGGCCAUGGCGCUCAAAGUUCCCAUCUUCAUCGUGGUCAGCAAAGUGGACCUGUGCUCCCGCGGCACCGUGGAGCGAACCGUCCGACAGCUGGAGCGAGUCCUGAAGCAGCCGGGCUGCAACAAGGUUCCCAUGGUGGUGUCCACCCCCGACGACGCCGUGACCGCCGCUCAGCAGUUCGCUCAGUCUGCCUGCAUCACGCCCAUCUUCACCCUGUCCAGUGUGUCUGGAGAGAGUCUGGACCUGCUGAAGGUUUUCCUGAACAUCCUCCCUCCACUGAGCAACAGCAAGGAGCAGGAGGAGCUGAUGCAGCAGCUCACCGAGUUCCAGGUGGAUGAGAUCUACUCAGUUCCUGACGUGGGGACUGUGGUGGGAGGAACUCUGUACAGCGGAGUGUGCAGGGAGGGCGAGAGGCUGGUGGUCGGGCCCACCGACGAGGGCCGCUUCCUGCGCCUGAAGGUGGGCAGCAUCCAGAGGAACCGCUCGGCCUGCAGGGUCCUGAGGGCCGGACAGGCCGCCACGCUGGCUCUGGGGAACUUUGACCGCUCGCUGCUGCGUAAGGGUAUGGUGAUGGUCAGCCCUAAGAUGAACCCGACCAUCUGCUGCCAGUUUGACGCGGCCAUCGUGCUGCUCUUCCACGCUAAGACCUUCCGGCGGGGCUCACAGGUCACCGUGCACGUCGGCAACGUCAGACAGACGGCCACGGUGGAGUGCCUCCACGGGAAGGACGAGCUGCGUACAGGCGAGCGAGCUGUGGUUCGCUUCCGCUUCAUCAAGCACCCCGAGUACCUGCGACUGGGCGCCAAGCUGCUCUUCAGGGAGGGCGUCACCAAAGGCAUCGGCCACGUCACCCGCCUGCUGCCGCCCUCCCAGAACCAAGACCAGAACCAGAACCACGACCAGAACGUGCAGGAGCAUUAAAGACUUCGACCGGUCAGACGUCAGCUCUGAUCGGGUUUACUCUCCCGCCACAUGGCGGCACACUAACUCUCCCAUCCCGGAUCUAUAGUUCUGACCUCAUUCGCCCCUGCUGUGAUGUCAGAGUCCAUCAUCAUCAGCAUCAUCAUCAUCUUCCUCCCAGCAGACGUUCGUGUCUGGAGUUAAAGCUGGCUGACCUCAGUGGACUUAAGCCUGGACGGUUAAUCUGAUGUUGUGCCACAGUUUGCUUUAAGAGGCUCCGCUUCCUCGUGAGGAGGCAGCGGGAUUGUCUUUGGGGGCGGGUUGGCUUUGAGGAUUGUGGCCAACACAACACGGGUCCACACACGCACGGUGCGCACGGUGUGUGCGCAGUGCGGCGUUUGAAGAGGCCCGAGGUGGAUCUCAUGGUGCUGGUUCUGCCUGUUUCUCUCACUGCGGGAGGACGGUGGCUGACCAGGGUCAGUUUUAGACAGACAGGAAGCUACAGGAGAACAAACCAGAGGGUGAAAGGGACGAAACGUGUUGGCUUCACUGGCCGGCUGAUUUCUCGGAGAAUCUGACGUCCCUGACAACGUAAUGACGUUAUGCUAAUUUGUUAGCUCAGCUGAAGCUGGAAGUGAAAGUUUGAAUUCUCACUCUGAGGUCAACUUUGGAGAAAUUUGGUGUGAAUUUGAGAACCAGUAGAUAAUUUAAUCACAUUAGCUCGUGUGCUCAGUGGGUAUUAAUGACUGAGUUUUCAGUGCUGAUUAGCCGAUUAGGAAAAGAUAUUUGGAAUUUGUACACAUUCGCAGUAAAAAUAAAAAAAUCUUAGUGUGAGAAUUUAGAAAGGCCAGUGAUGAAGUGUAAUGAAGUACAUUUACUCAAGUACUGUGCUGAAGUACAGUUCUGAGGUAUUUCGUACUUCCACUCCACGACGUUUGGAGAUAAAUCUGCUGCUUUUUACUGCUCUGCAUUUGUGAGAAAACUGGAGUUAAUGAUUCACUCAGAUUAUUAAUGCAAAAGAUAAACAGUUAUCUAUCAGACGACUGCUGUUACUUUAAAACAAAUUGAUUUUACAGGCCGUCUUAACAAUAAAACCAGCCAGGCCCUUUUGGUGAUCAGAAAAAUGUUUGGCUUUCUUAAAUGGAUGAGUUUUGCUGCGUGCUUCAUUUCAGCUCACGUGUUUACAAACGAGCGCGUGGGAUUCGUUAACCUGAGAGUUUUCUAAGGACGCCUCUCGACGCCUCCGGGCCUCCGUACGUACCGAAGGAGUUCAGACUGAUGCGAUCUGACUGGAUCUUCAUGCUUUUAUUUUUACACCACUCCCUGAAAACCAGCUGACUUCCUGUCGUUUAUUCCAGCCCCUCGUGGGGUUAAUCAGCCGUUGGACGAUGACACUCGGCAUUUCCAAAUGACUUGCAUCUUGUUCUGUCCGUGUUUGCUGAAGACAUUAAAGGUUUGUAGGUUUGAUGUGUCAGGCAGCUCGCUGCAGCUAAACAUAACCUGCAUGCUCUUUGACUCUAAAACAUGAAGUGUGUAUCCAGUGCUGAGACGGAUUUUAAUGUCAUUUUUUGGAGAUUCUGUGCAAUUUAAAACCUAAAAAUAUCGAAUGUACUUUCCGUGGAGUUUGAAUUUGCUUACUGUUUGAAUGGAGUUACUGUUGAGUGUGCAUGUGUGAUGAUGAUGAUGAUGCCGGUGAGGAGAUCUUCAUCGGCUCAUCGUGCAGAAUGAUGACGACAUUAAUGAGUGGAUUUAUCAGCUUGUUUUUCCUGACCGUCCUUCAAGCUAAUAAAUAAACAGUUACAGUGAAAAA